CCUACACUCACUCUCACCGUGGACUCGCACAUGAAAGAGUGAAGCAGGACUGCACUGGAGCAGCACAGACAGGACUGAAAAAGAAGACACAACAACUACCAACUACCAACUUUGAACGAAAUCGCUUCCACUCAACUCUUAGGUCAUUCUUACUGAAGGAGACAAACAAAAUUAAACUUGUGAACGCUGACGCUUUUCAAAAUGGAAAAAGACAUUCGGGAUCUGAGCGGAUUUUCUGGAAUUGCGCUCGUCUGAGGCGGCCUGCAUUUCCCUUAACUGUGAAGCGUCCUAUACCAUGGACCUCUCCAGCCCGAUACCACCGUCCACAGUCACCAUCUCCCCAAACAUGUCAGCGCCUUCAUCCUCUCCCUCUGAGUCUCCAUCCCCCAGUCCAGCCUCCACCGCUCUGUUCUGCUCGCUCCUGUCCCUGCUGUCUCUGCUCGGCAUCCUGGGAAAUCUCUACACUCUGGGGCUGCUGCUGAGGCGCAGGAGGAGCAGAAGGAGAAACGGAGGAGUCAGAUGUUGUUUUGUGCGAGCUCCGUUGCCAUGGUGCCUGUCCAGCUCUACGUCCCCAGGUUCCUCCCCCGUGUCCUCCACCUCCUCCACCUCCUCCCUGUACCUGCAGGUGCUGAGCCUGGCCUGUGCGGACCUGCUGUACCUCUUCACGGCCCCCUUCAUUGUGUACGACAGCCUCGCGUCCGGGUGGGCCUUUGGGGAGCUGGGUUGUCGUUUGCUGCUCAGUUUGGACCUGCUCACAAUGCACGCCUCCAUCUUCACUCUCACAGCCAUGAGCCUGGACCGGUACCGUGCUGUGGCCCACCCCCUUCACACUUCCUCCACAAACUCGUCCGGUCUGCUGCGCGUGGCUCUGGCCUGGGGGCUGGCUGUGGCCCUGAGUCUGCCCAUGAUGAUCACACUGCACCUGGAGGAUGGGGGCGAGCAGGAGGGGCAGCUGUGCGUGCCCGCGUGGGACGAGCAGAGCUCCAAGGCCUAUCUGAGCGUCCUCUUCUGUACCAGUAUCCUGGGCCCAGGUCUGGCCAUAGGCGCACUGUACGCCACUCUGGGACGGCUGUACUGGGUGUCCCAGACCAAGCCAGUAUGGGCCAGUGGGAGCAGCAGCGGCUGCUCUCCUCGAGCUCCUAAACCCAAAGUCCUGCUCCUCAUCCUGGGCAUCGUCCUGGCCUUCUGGGCCUGCUUCCUGCCUUUCUGGGUGUGGCAGCUGCUGCCUCUGUACCAGCCCGACAUGUUGAGAACUGUCCCUGUGGGGACCCAGGUGACUGUGAAUCGCAUCCUGACCAGUCUGACCUACGGGAACUCCUGUGUGAACCCGUUCUUCUACACUCUGCUCACAGGCAAACGCCGACGCAGCCCCCAGAAUCUGAACACAGUGAACACGUUGUGCCGCAAGAGCAGCCCCCCGCAGUAGAGACACACUGACCAACAGGACCUCCAUGAGUCCAGUGUGUCUGAACUAUUCAAAGCUACGCAAAUGAGAGCACUUUGUCUUCUAUUAAUAAAAAAGAAAUGUUUUAGAGUUAAAAAUCCUAAGACAAUCACUGUAAAAUGUGUCACAUCAAAUGCUGUUUUUUUAUUCUAAAGAACCAGGUUUACUUAUUAUGAUGGGAUUAUGUAUUUGUUAUUAUAGGCAUCUCUUGCACAACUUAGUAUUAAAUUAAACUAAAUGCAAUAAAUAUUUUAUAUAGUUGCAUACAAAUAUGAUAAAACAAGACAUAUGGUAUUAAUGAUUCAUAAAUUAUACUAUGCAAAGCAUGUGAAUACACAAUGCCAGUAAACGCUGGUGCACUUUUUUCAAAGGAAAGCUUUUUGUUUUGUGAACUAUUUUUUGCAUGUUGUCUGUAAAAUACUUUAUGUUACAGAAAACAGCUGUACAAGGUUUUAUAAAGAUUGAAUUUGUUCACAAAUAUGCAAAAUA